AGCACACUACCAAUAUGCGCAGGUCCAGGACCCUUAUUUUGCGUCUAUCUUUUCCGCCGAAUGUCUAGGCCAGCGCAUUUCUCUUUCGAUUUGGACAACGAUAAAAAGCCUUCCCCGUUCAACGGGUGAUCUGCCGAAUCCCUUGGAACGAACCUCCUAUUCCGCGAAUUUUUUUUUAUUCAGCCACCCUGUGACUUGCGACCUCUUUUCUGCAUUAUCCAAUCUAAUAGUCCUAUCGUGACGGAUAUACGUACAGCGAGUGGCUUUGAAGUUGUUGCUGCCAUAGUCAGGGGGAAAAAUAUAUACCGUACAGGGGCAAGAGAGUGGUCGAAUUUCCUCGUUGGGCUCUGCGAAAUCUCGCAUACACAUUCAUUCACAUCCAUCCACCAUCUUUUUGCAUGAUGGUGAACUGGCUCAGUUUAACCAUUCCCAUCGCCUACAUUGGCAUCCUCAUCGGCUCGUUAGCGACGUUCUCCUCGCUAUAUCGCAAGCGGAAAGCUGCUAAAUCAUACGCCUUAAAACCAUGGUUUCCUGCACACUGCCAACGAGAUAUAUACACCUCUCUCACCCACCUUCACGAUGAGCCUAACACAUCGCAAGCAACAACGGCGACGUCAGGUUCGUCGUUGACAAAGGAGAAGAAGGCACCCGCUGUCCCUGAGACUGUGCUCAAAGCUGCUCUCCUCCGCCGUGCGACCGAGGAUAUCCGCCGACUAAUCGAAUUACGCAGUCGAAAACCGGCGCUCGCGGGCCUGUUGCAAAAGGGCAGUGUUGGCGAUGAUCUGUGGCAACAGUUCCUAAGGGCGGAGAAGGAAAUGGAAGAGGAAGUCAGAGAUGUGUUUGCCGAGGCAAACCACUUCGUUCCAAACUGGGGUACCACCAUCUUCCAAUCCGCCAACGAAAUUGUUGCCAACACGUUCCUCCGCAAAAAAAUCGAGGAUAUCCAAUCUACCGUGAAAGAUGAGCGAGAAUGGUGGGAUAAAAAGAAGGCUAGAAUCCAAGAGGGAUUUUUGAAGGAGUUGGAAAUGGAUCCUUCCGCCAAACAGACCGGUUCGGGAUCACAACCAACGCCGCUUAAACAGAAUAGUAGUGAUGAUGACGCCGUGCUGGUUGAGAGUGGCGGGCCCGCCGCUGGAAGUGGUGGUAGUGGAAAGAACAAGAAGAAGAAGGGGAAGAAAUGAUGUUCAUCUUUUCAUAUCCUUCGUUACGCUGCCCCUUUCUGCUUUCUAUACUUUUUAUAAAAGUCACUGCUUCGUGGCUCGCUGAUGGAGGUUUGGCGUUGGCACUCAAUAACAGUUCGGUCCCUGUUUUGAUGUUUUAAGUGGUCCGAGUGAUCCGAUUGUGUCUCCCAUCGCAAUAUUCGAGAGACAUUUUGUGCGCUAUAUAUAUAUCUUUAUUUUAUCUCAUCACUUUUGCUGUUUAUGUGAUUCGUUAGACAUGCGGAAAAAUGGGGUUCGGUCAUUGCUUUUCUAACUUUUUCAUUGUUAUUGUUGACUCUGUUCCCCCCUUGUCGAAUGCUAAUGUUAUAAUUAUUUUUUUUUGUUAUUCCAAACUUCUUUACUGUAGCACCAGUUGCUUCGUUUAUCUCAUAUAUAAGCCAUCUCUUGACGCACUGACAUCUAGCGGAUGUCAGUUUAUCUUUUCUCUGUUUUAAAGCAUAUUCAGGAUCAUAUCCUUGUUCCUCGAUUUUUAUUGCAAUAAAGGAAGCAUUGUUUUGAAACUAUUUAAAAUACUCGAUAAGUAGGAUCAGGAAGAAAAUGAGCAUCUGGCAAAAAGUAUUUAGUGUCAUUUACUUUUUUUAUUAUUAUUGAGAAAAAUACGAUUAUAACUUACUCAUUUCUC